UAGUAUCAGUUUUUUGCACCACUUCCUAAGAAAGGAAUUAGUAGGUUGCAGGGGGGCAUGAGCUUGCUCCUCAACCUCUGACUUUGGCUCUUCUUUAUACCCCUCUCCCCUUGGUGGGGCAGUUAACAGGUUCAGCAUCACUGGGACAAUCCACAUCCCCCAUUAGAUUCUGCUUCUCAGCAGUAGCCUCCAGACAGUGGAACAAUCUCUGCCUUGAGACUAGCCUGGCACCAAAUUCUGUCCCUUUCUCAGUGCCAGAUUAAGCAUUUUAAAACAUAAUUUAAUGGCUUGGUGGUGGGGGUACUAGCUUAAGUAUUUAUUUAUUUAUUUAUUAAACUUUUUCUGUACCAUGGUUCAUGAAAAAUCUCAUGAUGGUUUACAAAAUUUACACAGGUCAGCUUAGGAUCCCAUAUUGUUUUAGCUGCUCAAUUUAUAAUGUUAAUAAUUGGGAGCAGUUUGGUGCUGUUGUAUUGGCUUAUGGUCAAGUUUCAAGAACUGUUGCAAGCCACCCAGAGAACUUCAGCUAUUUGGCCAUGUAGAAAUGAAAGUAAAUAAAGGCAAGGUGUGUUUAAGUAUCCUGGGAAGUUAGAUCUCAUCCACUGCACCUGGAAACAUCAGGCUAGACUCUUCCAUCUUGUAUCCGUGCCUGGAAUGGAAAGAAAUAGAUAACUGUCUUCGUGUUCUCCAAAGGAUUUGUCUCCCCUUGCCCCUGGAAAGGGGGCAAGGGGGUGUCUUGGAGGGGUGGAACGCCCACCUCACCUGGAAGGGCACCUGGCUUGGUUCACUCCUGGCCUGUGCAUCCUUGGCUCCAGGGUUUCCUCUGUUUUGCAUUUUCCUCGUGGAGCUUAUUCCACCGGGAUAGACAAUGCCGUGACCGGCCGCAACGCUUUCCGCCCACCAGCCCCGCAAACCGCGCACCAGAGAGUUGAGCUCGUGGGGCUGGAGGACGCAACAUGGCUGGCAGUGGCUACACAGACCUACGAGAGAAGCUCAAAUCGAUGAUGCCUUACCGGGACAACUACAAGAGCGGCAGCACGCGGGACCCGGCGGAGCCCCCCUACGCGGGUGGGGGCGGAGCUGCCGAGCGCAAGCGCAAGUACCACGAGGAGUCGGACUCGGAGUCCAGCGACGGCGAGGAGCACCAGCGCGAGGAGGAAGAGGCCCAGAAGGUGAAAAGCGGCAUCCAGCAGCUCCGGCUCUUCAGCCCCGAGGAGUGCGCCAAGAUCGAAGCCCGCAUCGACGAAGUGGUCUCCCGGGCCGAGAAGGGCCUUUACAAAGAGCACACGGUGGACAGGGCCCCUCUCCGCAACAAGUACUUCUUUGGGGAGGGCUACACAUACGGGUCUCAGUUGCAAAGGCGGGGCCCUGGCCAGGAGCGGCUUUACCCGCGCGGGGACGUGGACCCCAUUCCCGAGUGGGUCCACGCGCUCGUCAUCCGCAAGCUGGUGGAGCGGCGGGUGAUCCCCGAGGGCUUUGUGAACAGUGCCGUGAUCAACGACUACCAGCCCGGAGGCUGCAUCGUCUCCCACGUGGACCCCAUCCACAUCUUCGAGAGGCCCAUCGUCUCCGUGUCGUUCUUCAGUGACUCGGCCCUCUGCUUCGGCUGCAAGUUCCAGUUCAAGCCGAUCCGGGUCUCCGAGCCAGUCUUCUUCCUGCCUGUGAGAAGAGGCAGCGUGACCGUGCUCAGUGGCUACGCAGCUGAUGAAAUUACACACUGCAUUCGACCACAGGAUAUCAAGGAGAGAAGAGCAGUCAUCAUUCUUAGGAAAACCAGACUAGACGCUCCCCGGUUGGAGACAAGGUCUCUGAGUAGCUCUGUGCUGGUGCCAGGCUAUGCCUCUGACCGUCUGUCAGGAAGUAACCGGAACCCCAUCCUGAAGCCAAAGAGGUCCCACCGCAAAGCAGACCCAGACGCUGCGCACCGACCUCGAAUUUUAGAAAUGGAUAAAGAAGAGAACAGGCGCUCAGUCCUCUUACCGAAACACAGGAGGAGAAGUCAUUUCAGCUCUGAGAACUAUUGGCGGAAGUCUUACGAGUAUACGGAGGACUUUGAUGAGGAGGAGGAGGAGGAUGGGAGUCCAGCCCGGAAAGUGAAAAUGAGGCGGCAUUGAGGGAGUCUGUUCUUUCGCCCCGCCAGGAUCUUAGAGGUGACGAGACUAGCUUUCAGGCUGUGAAAUGGUCUCUCUUUGCCCCUCUCAUCCAGUCCCUCCUUGGCCGAGUCUCAUCUAGCUUCAAGUUUGUAUUUUCCUUGCCCACCUUUUAGGCUGAAGAGUAGCUGGAACAAACCUGGCUUUGUUUUCUUCUUCUUGUUUAACAGAGGCAUCCAUAUCAAUCUGGAUGUUUCUGGUCCCGCUUGCCUCCUUUUUCCUGGGCAGUUGGGGCACGCUUCACAGCGGAGGCUAUUUUUUUUUAAGGAAAAAAAAGCUAUGUCAUUUCUGGAGGUGUUUGGGCUGGAGUAGGUUUCGAAGAUGCCAAAAACUGACGUGUUUUGAGUUUGCUGAAGGGUUACGAAUAUUCUUUUGUGUUUGAUGCCGCUGCUUCUUAAAAAACAUUCUAAACACAGCAUUCGAUUCGCUGCACACGUGGUGAAGCACUCUCCACAGCACCGUCUCGCUCCAUUCCACACCAAAGGGCUCCUAAUUUCCGAAACCAAUUACCGUGUGAAGUUCUUUUUUUUUUUUUUUCCUUUUGCUCUCCUUCAGAAAGCUGCUUCCCUCCAGCAACUGGAAAUCUAAAGCUUUGCAAACACCUCUUGACAACACCAGAUGACAAAGCAUUUAGGACAUGUUGCACUUUAGUGUCAGGGUUUAUCCCCCCGCCCCUUUUUGUGUGUUCUGUGAAAUGCCAUAUAAUUUUCCCCAACCCCAUGACUUGCUUGGGCUAGUGAGCAUCUGUGUUUCCUGCGCUGCUAAUGAAAAGGAUACAGUCUGUUUUCUCUUUCUGUGAAGGAUGCUCAGCGGUUCCGUGUUGGGGCUGCCAUUUGAGGGCUCAUGAGGGGUGGGCGGGAGCGACUCUCGGAGGGGGGAACAGCUUGGCCAGAAACCCCAGGUUCUGGGGGAUCCUUCACACUAACAGCAUGGGGCACAGUGCACGGAGGUCUCCAGGCCCGCCUGGCAGCGAAGCGGGGCACGCGCGAGUGCCGGCCGAGGAGACCACCCCCCUGCAUUGUCCCUGCACCGCGUGUGGACGUUUGCGUGUCCUGUUUCGAUUGGCUUCCCCCCGCCUCUCCGUUUUAGAAAGUAAGGCGUUGCCGGUUCUGUUCUCUCUCCCGCUGCUUGCAAAUCCAUCUCGUGCAGCUGUUUUCCGAAAGGCAGGGGGCCAAGUUAGCGCGCAGGGUUGGGAUGGGAAACCUGGUGGAAAGGCGUCUCUCUGGUGGGCCCCUGACGAUGGGGGCUUGGGAUUGCCACGUGACCGUGGGGACCGGUUCUCGUGGCUGCAGGAGGGCUCGGGCAGUCCUUGCCACGCGGGAGGCCGGAGUGGGGGCGAACUGGCAGGCCACACUCCAGUGCCUUCAGGCGGUGGGUCCAGCCUGCUUUGCCAUCACGAGCCUUCCGCUCAAGAUCUGUGAGUCCUCCUGCCUGGCUCGGCCAGCUCUCGAACGCGCCGAGCUUCCUGCUUGAACAGGCCUUGAAAAGCAGCCCGGUUGCCCUCAAAAUGUUCAGGGAUGAAAUGUCAGGUCGUCCUAGCGGCCGUACCCCUUUUCCUCCCCCGUGCCUCAGCCUGAAGGAGUCGGAAUGUGAGUUUUAAUUGCUUAAACCUCCCAGCUUCCUCGCAUCGCCCAACCCCGUUGCCCCACUCCGCACUCUCUGAAUUCAGCACUUUGCACUAAAGUUGUCAAUGCAACCAGUCUCUUCUGAAGUAGCUUUAACUCUCUCUGCCCUGCACUCAGAUGCAAGGGACUUGGAGUCCCCCCCGCCCCGCUGCAUCAGCACCCCAGCUGCACGCACCUUUUUGCUCUGCCCCCUUGCCCGCCAGCACACGCAGAAUUCUAGGAAGCCUCUGCACCGGGGAGGCCGUUCGGCCCCCAUCGCGCGGCUCUUGCUGCUGCAGAGGAGCCAUGGGAGUUGACCCCGGUAGCACUGCAGCUCGCUUGAAGCAGAGCGUCCCGACCUUCUGCUUCUCUUCGCCAUCAGAGCAGCACCCGUGAUUCCCGAGGGUCGUGGCUGCAUAACGUGAAGCCUUCCUUCAGUGCUGUUGAUGAUGGGGCCACGGGGUGGAUGCACUGACCUCGGUUUUAAUAUCCCCCGCCCCUUGCUCUGCUCUGGUGGUGUGGCUAGAAUGGCGUGCAGGCAGAGCCCCGCACGGCACACGGAAAGGUUCCCAGAGACCUGUUCCGUGGGGUGGAACCACUCUGCUCCUGGUGUUGCAGGAGCCCCAGGCUGCCUGGGGCUUCUCCCUGGCGCGCCACCCAGUUUGGGCAAGGAAAGGAGAGGGAGGCCUGCUUACCUGACUUUCUUAAGGGCUCGGGAGUUUUAUCAGAUGCACAAUCCGCAGCAUCUCCUCCAGCCACUUGUUCUGUUCCAGCCCUCCCCGACCUGCUGCCUCCCGGAUGUCAUGGCCUCCAAUCGCCGUCAGCCCCAGCCACCUUGGCAGGGGUCAGGAAUCAUGGGCGUCAUUGUCCCAAGCACUCGGGGGGCACGGGUCAGGGAAGGCUGUUCUGGUCAAAGCAUCUCCGCGGUUUCCCGCCACUUUGGAGCUUUAUUUUCCUGCGUUUUUGUCCUGUUCUUAACGUUUUUCCUUUGCUUCGCGACUGGCGGGAGCCAGGACAAGUUCAGCCAGUGCCUGGCGGAAGCACCGGGUCCCGGCCUGCUCUCGGGGGGCAGAAGAACUCUGCCGCGUCGCAGCCCGAGCUGGUGCCUGGCAGUGGCGUGGCACGCUAGCUUUCGAUUGACUUUUUUUGAUCCCCCCUUUAUGUCUCUGGCACCAGCAGGGUCCGCAAACUGCUUUCCAAGCAUCUGGUAACCGUGGCAGAAAAGCUUGUAAGAAAGAUCGCAUCAUUAGCGGGGGGGAUCUGUUGCCUUACCAGCUUGUGCACCUGUCCAAAAUUCUGGAACCGUCUGUCAGGAAAACCCAUAGGGAUGGGUGUGCUUGUCGGCUGCCCCCCAAGCGCUUGACUCCCUUGGGACGGCGUAGCGGGAAGGGGGCAAGGAGAAGUGCAGACACACUCCCUCUUCCCACAGACGCCGUUUCCCCAAGCAACAUCGGGAAUCGCGCUUUGACCCCGUUCGCAGGUACACGCUGCUGGGCUUCAGCAAUUCACUCCACAUUUAUAAAAAGGAAACUGUUGAUAAGAUGACUUAAUUCCUAGUUUUAAUGCUGUUAGUGUGAUGCUUAAUAGCCACGGUUGCUGGAGGAAGGAUUCAGCCUUAAGCUGCCGCCAGAAACCUCAGGCUUUGCAUGGCAUGAAUCCAUUUCCAGUGAUUGCUGGCUGUUGAACUCGAGUCAGGAGGCAAAAGCGCCUAUUUGCUCCGAGAUGCACCUGGGUUUCUCCCCUUUGCACCCCCCUCCUCCCAAGCACACACUUUAAAAUAAAGUUCUGGCUGACUUUUUUGUGUUUUUUUAAAAAUAAAUAAAAUUCUAAUUUUUUGUUACAAAUAAAAUAAGUGGCAAUAUUUUUUUUCUGUAAUUUUUCAUAGGAAAAAGUGUGAUUUGUAAACAAAUUGUACAGUUCUGAAGUUUGAGAUACACAAAAUAACCGUACUGCGUGGCACUCUGUAAAUGGGGGGGAGGGGAGAGAUUAUUUUCCGUACAGUACAGUGUAUUUGGGGAGAAAUCUUUUAAUUCGGGUUGAUUUAGGAAGAACUAUAGUUCCCUGUCAGGGUUUGAAAUUUCUUUUUUUUUUUUUCUUGUAUAGAAUGCUGCAUUUAACUAAAUAAAAGCCGAAAGCAUCACUUGA